AUGAAAAUGAAGCUGAGGAAUUUAUUCUUUCCUUGCCAUGGAUGCAAGUAUUUGGGGAGCUCUUCUAAGUUCUUGUCAAGCAAGUGGAGACAUCAAGAUUGCGUGGCAGAACGAAUAAUUGAGUCGAAUUCAGGUGGUACUGGGAAUUUUGUUUUCAUAUCAGAUGUACAUGCAGCCUUAGGGGAGUGGGAUCAAGUCAGAAUCAAGCGAAAGUCCUUGAAAGCUAGAGGACUUAGAAAGAACCUUGGAUAUAGNGUUGAGUCGAAUUCAGGUGGUACUGGGAAUUUUGUUUUCAUAUCAGAUGUACAUGCAGCCUUAGGGGAGUGGGAUCAAGGCAGAAUCAAGCGAAAGUCCUUGAAAGCUAGAGGACUUAGAAAGAACCUUGGAUAUAGCUGA